AUGGCAAGCACACCACAGGACGAGGAAUCGAUUAAGGAUGUCCAGCUACUCGAUCGAGUGCUGUUCAAGUUUGCCAUGGUGAGUGACGCUGCGGCAGUGGAGGGCGCUGUGGCGUCCUUCCUCGUGCCAGUCCUCUCCAAACUCGCCAGCCCCGCGCCCAUCACGAGGAACAAGGUUCUCGAGGUGUUGAACCACAUCAGCAAGCGAGUGCGGAGCCAGACCAACAUCAAGCUGCCACUCGCAGACCUCGUGCAGCAAUACGUGGCACCUGACGCCUCGGCGUUUGUGCAAAACCUCAACAUCAUUUAUCUCGGAGCAAAGCGCUGUGGCUCCUACGCUAUUGAACGGCCUGCAGAGCCGGCCGGCCAAACACCAGGCGAUCCUCCUUCGUCUGGCUGUACGACAAACCCUCAAUCACGGAAGACCGACCAUCCCAUUGAUGGGCUGACACACGUCUCCGAACAGGUGCCGAGGAUUUUGGCCCAGUACCAACAGCGAGAGCUGGUGCGCGAGAAGCUCGUGAUACCGGCCUUCUUUGGCGAUCCCGCGGUGAAGAAGACGUUCCUCGACUUUCUCUUGGACGUGCUUCUGAUGGCUGCCCAGUCAUCGCCUACAACGGAGCCGGCGGCCCCCAAGGCAGUCAGCGUUCCUGGCCUAAGCACAAACUCAAUUCAACGAAUAAUGGGCUCUGCCCGAGUACUUACGUCGCAGCAACUCAUCGAGUAUAAGGCAUCAAUCGUGGGCUUUCUCGCAUCCGGCAUUCUGGAUGACGCACCCAAUGCCAUCCUACCGCACCUUCUCGUGGCCUCCAGCGACACACAUCACAGGACGACGGGACUGGCGCACUGA